ACGCCGGCACAGUGAACCAGAGGACACAUCCGGGGAUGAUCCAGUGAUCCUCAGCGGCCCCGAGCAGCUCCUCGAUCCGCUCCGAAAACAUGAAGCUGGCGGUGGCUCUGGUCAGCCUCAGCGCGUCCGUCAUGGUCAUCAUGAUCGUUCAGACUGUGCGUCAGGAGCUGACUCUGCGCAGCCUGAAAACCCGCAUCUCGGAGGGCUCUGUGGAGGUCAAGAAGAAGGAGGGAGCCAUCGUCGAGGUGAAAGCCAAAAUCCACGAGUUUAAAAAGUCGCUAAUUGCCCUGGACACUAAGAUGGAAGGACUGAAGAAGCAGAAGACAGAAGCUGACAACGCCGACCAGGAAGUUGAAAACCGUCUGCGGACCUGCAACAACCAGAAGGAAGAGGCUAAGAAGAAGAGUUCGGACAUUAAAGAAUCUAUGGCUGCAAUCAAAGCUGAACACGAAGCGGCUAAAACUAAAGCUCAGCAGGACAUUCAGAGUUUGAAGCAGCAGAUUCUGGACAGAGACAAAGCCAUCUGUGCCUUUGCAGACACGACCAAGGAGGAAGCACGGAAGCUGUGUGGAAUUGCAGCGUAACCCCAACGAGCUCAACACUAGAACCGCUGACUGUGAACUCUUUCGAAAAGAUGCAUUCAAGUACAUAUUUAGCAAUGCUCUUUUAGUUCUGCUAGUUUCUUAUGAGAUAUGUGUUAAAAAGUGGGUUGGGUAAAGAAUGUCUGUGGAGUGGGGAAAUGUUUUCACGUCGAUUUGUACGGUGAUUGUGCUAGAACCGGUUUGGCCUUUUGUCUGUGUAAAACACUUUGUAGUAUCCUCAAAUAAAUGGUCGUCACCCAGACUUGUUACCAGCAAUAGCUUCAGAUGAGAUACAUGAGCCUUGAUGCCUGAAGCGUUUACAGUAGCUGUGCUUGUUUGCCCAGGAGUGAAACCUGAGAGAUCGUCAUAACCAGGAAAGUACAAGAUCAUCAAAUAAUCUCUGAGCUCCACAUUCACUGGAGUAACAUUUUUAGGCUUUGUGGAAAUAUAAAUUAUUUUGGGUGUUUGAGUGUAAAAAUACUGUUUGAAUACUGAAUAAAUGGGACAAUAUAAUCUUUCUAACAUUGGUUUCUGGCUUUAAACUAUGAAGUCUUGCCUGGUUGAAAAGCUUUCUGCUGUCGUCUCCUGAUUCAGAGAAACUCGAUCGACUGGUUGAGCUGCUGAGCCACAACCAAUAAACUUACAGAGCAAGAAAGAAAACCUGUACAGAUGUACGAAACACUAUGUUCAUCUCAUAACCGAUAAGUUGGAGAGACUGAAUGAUAACAGCUGAUGCUCCUCUCACUCCCCCUAGUGCAGAAACGAGGAUCAGGAGUGACAGUGUGACUGCAACAAGUGCACCGAGUCACUUCCUGCAUGAACAGGUUGAUGUCUGGAGGGACAGUAUCUGUGAGUGCAUUAAAGUUGUAACAAAACUGCUGGAAGGCAGAAUUAAAACAUGAUUUAUAUAUUAUUCCUGUGAUGUUAUUCUUUUAUUUUAUUACUGCAUAAAACUUUUGUGUCACUGGUGAUGAGCAUUUUGUAAAUAUUUUAACUACAAA